AUGAAGUCAAGUAUCCCAAUUACUGAAGUAUUACCAAGAGCAGUGGGUUCUUUAACGUUCGACGAAAACUACAACUUACUGGACACAUCCGGUGUAGCAAAGGUCAUCGAAAAGUCGCCGAUUGCAGAACUAAUUAAGAAAUCUAAUGCUGAAUUAGGUAGGUUGGGCUAUUCCGUGUAUGAAGACGCUGAAUAUAUUGGCCAUGUCUUCAAGAAGGCCGGACAUUUCAUCGUGUACUUCACCCCAAAGAACAAGAACAGAGAGGGUGUCAUUCCCCCUGUAGGAAUAACUAAUUAG